ACAAAUCAGAGUGGCGACACUCUGCCAUUUUCCUGAAAUCUUCCUCGAAACAUUGUAAACAAUGCAUUUGGCGAGCGAUAACUUCUUAGAGCUAAAAGACUGCGUCUUCAUCAGAGGGUUUCCCACAAACGUGAACUUCACAACGUCCGAGAUCAGGAAGUAUUUUCAUGACAGAGUUGGAAAAUGCUGUGUGGAAAUGACUGCUCAGUCCAAAGACAAAGGCCGGUUGUUCGUCGUCCUAAAAUUCGAUAGUCCAGCAGCUGCUGCGAAUGCUAUUGAAAGGUUCAAUGGAAAACAGGUCUUAAAUCAUAAAGUGAGACUGAACUUUUGGAGAGCCCCUUUAAGUAUGGUGCGUCCAGAAAGAUUAGGCAGAGACUCAUAUGACAAGUAUAACCGAAGACGGGACGACAAUACAAGAUUCAACAAAGAAACUGAAGAAUCAUCAAGACACAAUGAGAAUUUUACAAGAGAAAAGAAUUCCUGUAAUACAAACUACUUGCCUAGAGAAUCUGUAUCUUAUGAUGAUCAAGAGGAAUUCAAAGAGGGGUCAGAUAACUUCAGAGGGUUUCAACAACAUACUUAUAUGGACAGAUAUGAGACAAAUGAAGAUUUUAAAAAUUACCAAGGAAAAAAUGAAGAAUAUCCUCAAGAUCGUUGGAGUAGUGAUGGUGGAGGUGAAGGACACUAUCCAGGUUUUGAUUACGACUGGAAUGAGUGGGAUCCCAACUUAAGAGGCAGCCAUGAAAACCUUUCAGAUAGGGGGUACUAUGAAAGAGAACAGGAAUUUUUGCAUCGCCGUUGCGACAAGUUUUGGCGAGAACGUGAAGCUGACCAAGGAAGACGCCCAGAACUUGUCGAUGAAGAUUUUACCAAAGAUUAUGAUGAUAACUUUUCUCAGUGGGGAAACUACUUUAAGUUUAGUGAUGACCGUCACGCACACAACGAGAGGUUAUCGCCAGACAAAUCAGGGGACCAAACCAAUCACAGAGGAGAUCGUUUCUGCUCAAGAGACGAUAGAGAAUGGUUUGCCAACAGAGAAUUUACAGAAGAGACCCGACGUCAUUUUCCACCAUCAGAUCAAAAUGUACAUUGGCCAAGAUGGGAGACAUUGCCACCUUGCAGUCAAACCAGAAAGCCAUCUAACGUGGAUGUCACGAAGGACACACUCAAACACGUAGCCCGGGGUCAUGACCCAAGAUCCUCAACUCCAACAGAGGGAAGGCCAAGGUCAGAUGAGUGGCUGAGGAACAUUCACAGAAAUUUCAGAGGUAGAGAUCGCCACAGUGCUUCUCCUGUGAACGUUCACUCUAAGACAUUUGGUCAUCCUGGCUCUCCACUUGCAUGUAAUGCCUCAUCAAAAACAACAGGUGACUCCGCUCGCUCGAGAAGAGGUCGUAGCAGUUUGUCCCCUGAGAGAAAUAUACACUCUAGGAAUGGAAGACGCAAUAGAAGUUCUUCAGUCGACAAAGGGUUUGCCUUCAAAACUCGUGAAUCUUCACCAAUGAAUGGAAGAUCAAGCCACUACAAUGAGCAAAGCUUUGGGAGAAAGUUAAGAGAAAGUCGAAGUUUCUCACCAAACAUAAAUACAAGGACGUCUUGGCCGAGAGGACGUGACAACGACAGUAAAGACAUCGACCUUCGUCGUUCUUUAAUGAUGCAUCAACACGGGAAACAUUCAUCUUCGCGAGAAAGAGAUAGAGAUCGAGAUAGAGAGAAUAGUCUAAAGAACUCACUUAGAGGGACGAGAAUCUCUCCGGAGAAACAUAGGAGCGAAGCAUCAUCUUCUGGUCAAGUCACUAACAGGAAAAGACGCAGGGAAAACGACGGCAGAAGAGAUGGCAGAACUAAAAGAAGUAGGCAAACAAGUGUGAGUAUGUGUGACAAUGCGUCGAGCGAACCUGAAAACGGGAACUAUGAUUGCACCCGGAAGAGAGGAAAAAAAGAAACUGACGAAAGAAAAAAGUUAUCACCACGAGAUCAUGAACGAAAAAGAAGACAGCUAAGGGAUCCCACAGCAAGUAAUUCUAACACAAAGAGAGCGGAUCGUUUUUUAAGUAACCUGGCUGUAACGCUGGCACAAGGCAAGGUUCCUACCAAAAGACCCGAAACUAAGUUAAAUGCUUCAAAAAAGAACGCAUCGACCAGUGGUAAUUCUGGUCUAAUAAAGUGUACGGGAAGUAAAGCAGAGCUCUCUGUAAACCCAGCCAGUGAGUCUGAAGGAUCCAGACCUGAUGAAAAGAGGAAACCUGAGCAAGAGAAGGCCACCCCUCCCACUCCUCCCUCGGAUAAAGAAAAACAAUCGUCAAACAUAGAUGAGGAUAUCAGUUGCGCAGAAGGGGAAGCGGGGGGUGACUAUGAAGAAAGUAUCAUCGGAGCAGAAGUUUCAUCGUGUAAUGACCCUUCAGACCAGGAAGAAGAGCAGGAAACUGACGGUAAUGAUAGCUCCAAUUUGUCGGAGGAUGAUUCAGAACAUGCAGAUUCAUAUGAGAACAGUAUCUCCCACGAAGAUGACUUUUUGAACGUAGAUGAAGACUCAAGCUCUAUUGUUGAUGAUGGGGUUGAUGACGAACGGCUGGAAAUCAGUGACAUUGAUAGAGACGGAACAGGUGAACGCGACGAAUGCUCUAAUUUUUCUACAGGAAAUUCAGAAAAUGGUUAUCACUUCGACAUUAAGGGAAAUGGAUUACAACCUGGCAACCUUUCUUCAGAUGAGGAGUUUUCGAAAUUAAACAUUGCAGGAAAUAAAGACAUGAUGGAAGUUGAUAACAUUGAUUUGCGAGAUUCCCACUCCUCUGAGACCUGGAAAAAAACGGAUUACAGUGAGGAGAUGUCAGAAGAGGAAAACAAAACCUGUCACGUUGACCAGCAAACGAACUCAGAUGAGUCCUUUGGAGAGCCGAAUCUCAAGCAAGAGAUCGAGGAGUACAAAGGAAAUGUCACACAUGAGGAAAUUGCGUCAACGACUGUACAUCGUGCUCACGGGGAAAUCUCUGCAGUGAACGGGAAGCUACCUGAAUGGGAAGUAGAUGGAGAAUCUUGUCAUCUAAAUGCGAGAGAUGACAUGGGUAGUACUACCAUUCGCAAGGAAUUUUCUAAGAAAGUAUCGUCAGGAACCAAAGUUUUAAAAAUGUUACCCGACAACGUAUUGACUCACGAUGAAGACGAGGCUGAUGGAAGCGAAUGGCAGAGGGAGGAACAUGACGCAAUGCUUCAAAGUAAGGACAAUUAUGAAGAGACUGGCAUGGAGUCCGUUUCAGACGACAUUUCCCCGGGUCCAAACUCGUUAACUAAGACGUCUUGUUUACCUGUUCCGUCGAGUAACGCAGAAAAUGACGGUAGGCAGGGAGACAAUUUUAACCUACAACUUGCUUCGUCUCAAGGUGGUUAUAAUGAUGAUCAAUUUAUAUACAGCCGGAGCGGUCCUAAAGUGCCUCUUACGAAGACAAGCAUCAGCAGUUUAAAGGUCGGUUCAGGUCCUUUAAAUCAGGGAAGUUAUAACGAGGAUAAAUCUAAUUAUAACAGGAGUAAGAAACCGGUAUGUAGCACAGAAUGCCAGCAUGUGAGCAUGUGCAGCAUAAGAGACUCGAAAGAAGGUAAAGGAGAGUUAAAGAAUGAUAACCGGAAAGACUCCCAUAAAGCUGACAAUGAAGAUAAGAGAGACCACAGAAAUGUUGGGUUGGACUACUGGGAGAGUGAUGUCAAGAAGAAAACCACUCACAUAGCUGCGGCUUUUCAAAUAUGCGAAGAUACCGUUUCGUAUGCCACAUGCAAAGAUAAAUUUUUGUGCAAGCAAGGAGAAGUUUAUACCCCUGGAGAAAUCCGAGGAGCACAAAAAGAAGUCUGUCAUCACAAUGAAGAUGGCCUUGUUCAUAACUUGAAUGUGAAAGGUGUUAGAGAACCUGAGGUCUCUAUUUCGGAUAGAGAACAAGAUUUGUCUAAAGAGGAAGCUGGUGAAAAAAGUGUUUUGGAAGUAGACGGUGACAUUUUUGAGGAUAAUCUCGGUCAAGAACAUGCAAUGUGUAAUAUGGAAACUUCAAAUGACACCAAAACAAAGGUAGGUACUCGUGACCUUUCUGACUCUCUAGAAGAAACAUAUCUGGAAAGCCUCGGGCGAAGCGGAGAGGUCUUGCCGCCUGGGAAAGACGCUAUCCCCUCGCGGACUGCACAUCUUCAAAGUGUUGAUACGGACACAAGCUUAGAUGGGGAGAUUCAAGACUUUUGGAAAGGAUCAUCAGUAUGUGUGGAUAAUGACACUGCUGUUGCUGAAGAUGGUGAUGGAAACACACCUUAUUCUCCCAGCAGUCCAACCUGGACAAGUGAGGAACACCGCUCACCACUCCCGAAAGAUGAAAUGUCGCCAUAUUCUCCGAGUCAUCCAACCAGCUUGAGCGGAAGUGACGCACAACGAAGUAUUAUCGUGGAAGACUUUUCUAACGAGGACAGUAAAUGUGAUGACAUUGAACCAGUUUUUGACACGAUGGACGUGGGUUGUGAUUUACCAGUGGAGGAAGAUGUUACAAUCAACAGUGGCAGCACAAAAGGGCCCUUUCCAAGUUCGUUCAUAUUUUGCAGCUCAACAAAAUCUAAAUUUGAAGUACCUCAAGGGAAAUCAAUACUCAACGAUAUAACUGAGGAAAAGGUUUUAGGAGGACCCAUGAUACCAAAUACCAAGAUAGAAACCCGCAACGUGAAGGACGAGAACCUUAACUGUGAUGAAGGGGGCCAUGGCAAGGAUAGUGAGGUUUUGUUAGAUAAUCCAGUCACAGAAAAUAUUUCUAAAGACGAUCUCAGGUAUUUGAAAUAUCAAGAUGGAACAGAUAAUUUGGUACCACUUGCCUCAGUGGAUGUCAAGCCUAAAAUAGAAUAUAGAACAACCACAAAAGUGCACGAGGCUGAUGAUACUAAAGUUUUGUUAGAUAAUUCUGUUAAGGAAAGGAGUCAUAACAAUGGCCGCAGUUCUUUGAGAUGCCAAGAGAGAACGCAAAGUUUGCCGACUUCUGCCUCCAUGGAUGUGAUACCCAAGAAGGCUUAUGUAACCUCCGCCAAAACUUACCUCCUUUACACCGACUGCGGAACUCAGCACAAACCCCGCAUAUUUUAUGCAACUGAUGAUACCAGUGCUGGACCUGCGAGGUCUCUCUCCUUGGAUUUAGCCUGGUCUUUGGCUAAGUACUCUGUACCAGGCCCCUCCAAAGCGUCAGCAAACAGUGAAGAGGAGCAGCAGGAGACAGUUGCUGAAAAAGCUGAUUUAGAAAUCAGUGAAGAGGAGAAAAAUCCUGACAAUGUUGUCGAACCAUUGUUGUCUAGUGUUCCGUGUAGUUUUGGUUCGCCUUUGAAAUCGAAUGAAGGCACAUCUGAGAAUGGCAAUCAGAAGGUUACCCAAUUCGAUGGUUUAUUCAACAAUUUAAGGUCUGAUAACUUGGCUGUGUUACAGGAUCCAGGACCUGGUAAUUGUGCCGACUCAAGAGUGAAGGGCAGGGCAAAUACGGCGUCAAAUACUUCUUUUCCUAAUUCAGAUGACAUUAUUAUUGCUCCCAGCUCAGAUUCAGGAAAUAAAGAGCUAUUGGCUACGCUAACGCCUUUGCAGCCAAACGAAAAAGAGGCGCCUGUUAAAGAUCAUGGAAGAAGGCCGCCGGGACUUGUAUCUUAUAAUGAGGUAUCGUUGAAUUUUCAAGCACCAUGUGGGACGAAUAUAAAAGACUACUCCACAGCCGCUGACCAUCAUAUCGCUACCUCGUCAAAAGUAUCAAAAACAAAAUCAAUAUCAAACUUGGCUAGUUCUGAUAUCAGUAAAAACAACUUUAGGCCUGAUGAGACUUCGGUAACCUCUGUGGUGACGGGCAAUAUGCCUGUUGCAUGUGCGAGUGAUAUUUGCGCAUGUGGGCAUGAUGACCAGAUGAUGCCUCUACUAAAGUGUUCAAAUCAGGUUCAGAGCACAAAUCCGCAGAUGCAGGAUGAAAAUGAGAAUGACUUUGAAAGUGACAGAGGAAUUCAAACGCAGGCUUCAGUUAGUCAAAAUGGAGACAAAACAUCUCAUUCAAGCCCCGCUGACAUUAAGAGGACCUGCCCUGAUUCCCAGGAUGAAUCUUUUCGCGCCAACAAAGUGGCUCGGAAAGCUCUCAAACUUAUCAUGCCAACAGAUCGAACACCUGAUCGCCGUGGGAAAACGAACCCAAAUUCUGCUUUUUGUAUAGGAGACUCUAAGAAAACCAGCUCUUGCACGAUCACUUCUGCAGACAUGGAUAUUGUUACAGCGGUAAGCCCUACGAAUGUUGUGCUAGGCGAUUCUUUUUUCACUAAUGAACCAAAUCAUCUUGGUAAGGGUGUGUACGCAGAAAAUGAUUCCAGUUGUGGUAAUAUCAGCAUAAAAAACGGACACAGUCACACUGUCAAGAAUGACCGUUUUACUUGUGCACUGAAAACUGGCACUUUGCCACCGACGAGGAAUAUCGAAAUUCACAGUCAAAGUCGGUCAAUCCUUGGUGCUAUCAAUAUCAAUGAUCACACAACCAAGAGGAUCCUGCCGGACGGUGAGACUAGUUGUAGAAGAAAAGAAAGUGAUUGGGUCGCUCUCAAGAUGGAAAAGCUUCGGAAAAAGAAAGAGGAGAUAGAGCAGGUUUACAAACAGGAAUGCCAAACAGUGAUCAGUGUGGUUAAGAUGUUAGUGAGUAAUGAUCCAAGACUGGAAGGUCUGUUACAGAAUGCUGUGCGUCGCACCCUACAGGAUAUGGGACGAAGAUGUCUGCAAGAGCUUGAGAAGCAGGCUCUUCCUUGAACAUAGAUUCCUACGCUUUCUUCCCAGUAGUCCGGUCCUCAUCCUCGUUUUCCAGAUUAGCGUGUUAUAUGGAAAUUGAGAGGAUGUUAUGUUGCUCUACAAUAAAAUUGAAACCGGCACGUAUUCCUUGAAAAGUUUUCCUUGACAGUUUAGAGGGUGAACCAUGUCUAGACUAUCAGUCCAAACAAAGACUCGUUAAGACUUUAAAAAAUAUGACAAGGGCGACGACGGGAACUUAUUGAGAGAAAACAAAAAUUAACGAGCAGAAAAACCACGUGCGUUUUUUAAAAUUUUGUACAUUUUCAAUCGGUUAUUUGCGAAACAAAAUGGCGUAAACCCACCAAAUUUUGUUCAGUUUGAGAGCAAUAGCAUCAGACGGCAAACUAUUCACGUUUCCAUUUAUAAUUUUUUGCAGUUUGAGAGCAAUAGCAUCAGACGGCAAACUAUUCACGUUUCCAUUUAUAAUUUUGUGCAGUUUGAGAGCAAUAGCAUCAGACGGCAAACUUUUCACGUUUCCAUUUAUAAUGAUGAAUAUUUAUUUGUGAGAUGAGGUCUGAUGCUGACAUUUGCAAAAUUCUUAACUAAAAUAAAGUUCAUUUUUCAGCAAGCUUUUCCUUGGCGUCACCGUUGGGACCGCUCAACCUCCCCCAAUGUCGAAACUCGUAGAAAUGGAAUUUUUUCAGCAUGUCUUAUAUUCUUUUAAAACAAGCCUUACCAUGAUUUCAAAGAAAGGCGUUGAGCCCCGUUCCAGAAAGGUGACAAAUUCGCCGUCUAGAGAAACACCUCCCAAACUCCAAGUAUUGACCAUGUCAAAGCAAAGAAAUGUUCACCCGAAGUCGUGAAGUACACGUGCUUUGGGAUCGUUUUGCAUGCUUUGUAUUUCUUACGAGUGGUUAUGUAAACCAAACUUAAAAGUAACAGCAUUGUUGAGUUAUUUUCUUCCAAUUAAAGUUUUAUAGGUUGCAAUUUUGUAAGACGUGUUUUAUCAAAGUCACGAUGAAUUCGAAAUAAAGAUUGUUUCAACAUAA